UCAGAAAACUAGAAAAUUCUUCUCUUUUCCCAGCAGUUGAGAGACAAGAAGAGAAAAUUCAAGCUAGAAAACGUAGAGUGUGAAAAACUCAAGAAUACGUUACAUGAAAGAUCAAGGGAGAUUGUAUUUCAUUCAGAAAAAGAAGGGUAUCUCUGAAAGUCAGCAGGGAGAAAAAGGUGUAUUGGAUAGCCACAUAGAGCAGACUGUGAUGGAGGCUUGGCCCUGUGAGGAAAAAAACAGGUUGAAAUAAAGCACCAGUAAACAAAUGAUCACACAUAUAUAUGACCUCAAGAAUAUCACCAACCUGGUGACACAUCAGAGGACUCACACAGGAGAGAAAUCAUAUGAGUGCCCAAAGUGUGGGAAUCGUUUUAGUAGGAAUUUCCACCUGAUGACACACCAGAGAACUCACACAGUAUGAAAUGUAUUACUGUCCAGAUUGAGGCAAAAGUUUCAGUCACAAUUCUGAUCUAAUGAGAAACAAGAAGACUCAUUCCCAGGACAAACCGUAUGAAUGUCCUGAGUGUAGGAAACGUCUCAGUCGUAAUUCCAGUCUCAUUAUACACCAGAGGAUUCAUACAGGAGAAAAACCAUAUGAGUGUCCAGAUUGUGGGAAAGGUUUCAAUUGGAAUUCUGAGUUGGAAGUACACCAGAGAAUUCACACAGGAGAAAAACCAUAUGAGUGUCCUGAUUGUGGGAAAGAUUUCUCUCGGAAUUCUGACCUGGUGAAACACCAGAGGACUCACAGCGGAGAAAAGAUAUAUGAGUGUCCAGAAUGUGGGAAAUGUUUCGGUCAUAAUUCCAAUCUUUUGAAACACCAGAGGAUUCACACGGGAGACAAACCGUAUGAGUGUCAAGAUUGUGGGAAAAGUUUUGGUCAGAAUUAUAACCUCCUGAUGCACCAGAGGAUUCACACAGGAGAAAAACCAUAUAUAUGUCCAGAUUGUGGGAAAUGUUUCAGUCGGAAGUCCAACCUUUUGAAACACCAGAGGACUCACACA